AUGACUGAUACAGAUGAAUCCCAGGCUUCUGUCUCCGAUUACCCUGAAGCCCAAGAGCUAAUACGGCACAAAGAACCACGUAAGGCACGUGCAUGUGGAACAAAUACACGAAUGGAGGGUUCACAUUCAAGGCAAAAGAAUGCUGCUUCUGAGGAGUCUUCAGAUGAGCUCGAUACUGUACAUAAAUCAUCAGCUGCUUCAGCUGAGGUUUUGCUGGACAGCAGUGAUUCAGAAAUUGAUCUCUCUGCUGCUAGUGGCAGUGAGUACCAUCCAGAGUGCUCCAUUGCACCUGCAAAGCAAAAAGGGCGAUCUCGGUCUUCACGGCAACAAGCUGAACUUGUUGCAGGAGUGCCUGAGAAUGAAAGCUCCUCAGAUUCUUCUCUGUCCCCUCAAAGUCCGAAAUCAUCGGAAACUUCCGAGAAGCAGAAGUCAAAACUCAAUUUGAAAGCCAUUUUUGCCUACCACUUCAGGGGAAAGAAGUUUAAGGCUGCUGCACAUCGAAAGUACAGGGUUGGCUCAGGGACGAAGAAGAAAAGGAAGUAUGAGAGCACACAGAUGCCUAGGGGGAGGCCACCCCUGACAGCCUCACCUCAAGAGCAAAAGAGAAGGCUUCUAGACAGAGGUCUUCGAUUCCCUUUUUUUGAAAAACAUUAUGGAAAGAAAGAUAUUCCCUUAAAGAUGGUUCUUGGCUAUGAGCAAGCAGCUGCAAAGGGAUAUUUCCGGUACAUUGAAGUGCUUAAAUAUGAAGAACAUCUUAAAAAAGCUUUGAAAGCCCUUCGGGCUAGUGAAGACUUGGAAAGAGAAUGUCUGGCAGUACGGAAACACAAAUAUUUAGAUGAUGAAGGCCCCAUUUCCCCUAUUCAGGAGAUGAAUGGUGAUGAUGACAGCUUGAAUUCUGAUGAUCAAGAAAACUUUGAUGCCAGAGUAGUGGAGAACAGCUCUUUCAUUAUAAGCAGCAAAAUUCCAAAUAAGAAAAAAUCAAAGCCAGAAACAAAAUGUGCAAAAUCAAGUGAAGUGAUCGAAAUAGAGGACGAAGAAGACUAA